CCAUUUUUGGACUGGGUAACUUCCCGAUUCAAUGACGACUGCUGUUAUGCUACUAUCAAAAUAGGGAACAUGACGGAGGGAAUCUAACUAUUGGUGCACUGAAAAUCCCCAUAAAUGCUGCGAUAGUAUAUCAGGGGGCCACGUUAUUUCCCAUGCAACCUGAGAAUUGUUCCUUCUCCCCUUGUACGGUAUGUGACUGAAUCUGUGACAGGUCUAGUAAAGCGAACGGUGAUACCCCACAUGGUGUACUGCUCAGGUUCAGUGUGUGCGUCAGGUGUGGAUGGAGUCAGUAGCAUCUGAGAGCACCCACCAUAGUUAUCACAGACAGGACAAGCCGAAGAAGUCCGCGUUCAGACCAACAGCCUGCACAUCGGCAGGCAGGGGGAGAAUGGUCAAGUACUUCUCUAACGACGUAGACAUCAGGACCUCGUGGGACCAUGUUGUCUCUGCCUUCUGGCAGAGGUAUCCCAACCCAUUCAGCACCCAUGUUCUCACGGAGGACGUGGUGUUCCGGGAGGUGACGGCGGACCAGCGGCUUCUCUCCAGACGCCUGCUCACCAAGACCAAUCGAAUGCCUCGCUGGGCCGAGUUCCUCUUCCCCUCCAACCUCUCACGCUCAGUCUACAUCGUCGAGGACUCCGUCGUCGACCCGGUCACCAAGAGCCUCACCACGUACACCUGGAACCUCAACCACACUACGUUAAUGACGGUGGAGGAGCGCUGCCUGUUCCAGGAGUCAGAGGACCGGCCUGCCUUCACGCUGCUCAGACGAGAGGCCUGGAUCUCUUCUGGAGUCUACGGCUUCUCCAGACCUAUCCAGGAGUUUGGCUUGGCCCGCUUCAAGAGCAACCAGGUGAAGGCCAUGAAGGGCCUGGAGUACGCUCUGUCUAACUUACACGGAGAGGCACCCCAGCGUCAGCCCUGCGUCCGGGACACAGUGAAGACUGCUACAGAGAAAGCCAAGACCCUGGCCUCGGCCGCCACCCCGCAGAAACAGCCCCAGCAGUACGUGUGACGACAGGGGAACAUCCACUGCUGCCGGCUGGAACCAGGACUGGAAUGGGACACUGUGCACGCAGGGCAGGCACAAGCAACACAUUCACAUGCAACACACAGGCUGGCCAAUUCUGGUAUUUUUCAGAGCUGAUCUGAUUGGUCAAAAUAUCAAUUUGUGAGGAAAAACUAAAUCAGAAUUGAGCUGCACAUACACACACACACUCUUUUAGCUGCCUUUUCAUUGACUGGAAGCUUGCUUGUAUCAAGGUCUCGGUGUGCAGUAUGUGUACAAUAUGUCCAUCUAAACCACUAACAGCUCUUCUCCUCUGGGGCUAGGCUCUGCUCCUCUGGGGCUAGGCUCUGCUCCUCUGGGGCUAGGCUCUGCUCCUCUUGUUUUAAUUAGCCUAGCAUUAAUACAUCUCAGGUACUGAGCCCCUGUCUGACCGCCUGCCACAACCUAGGGGCAUGUUCAAUAGGCACCAAACGCAAGAAAAUCUUCUCAAACUGAGUGAAACAGAGAUACAAAAGUAUGUGGACAGCUCUUCAAAUUAGUGGAUUUGGCUAUUUCAGCCACACGUUGCUGACAGGUGUAUAAAACCAAGCACCCAUCAUGCAAUCUCCAUAGACAAACAUUGGCAGUAGAAUGGCCUUGCUGAAGAGCGCAGUGAUUUAACGUGGCACCGUCAUAGGAUGCCACCUUUCCAUCAAGUCAGUUCGUCACAUUUCUGCCCUGGUCAACGAAGUGCUGUUAUUGUGAAGCGGAAACGUCUAGUGGUGAAGUGGUAGGCAACAAGCUCACAGAAUGGGACUGCCGAGUUCCAAACUGCCUCUGGAAGCAACGUAAACGCAAUAACUGUUUGUCGGGAGCUUCAUGAAAUGGGUUUCCAUGGCUGAGCAGCCGCACAAAAGCCUAAGAUCACCAUGCGCAAUGCAAAGCAUCAGCUGGAUUGGUGUAAAGCUCGCUGCCAUUGGAGCAGCGGAAAUGCAUUCUUUGGAGGGAUGAAUCACGCUUCACGAUCUGGCAGUCUGACGGACAAAUCUGGGUUUUGGCGGAGGCCAGGAGAACACUACUACCUGCCCCAAUGCAGAGUGCCAACUGUAAAGUUUGGUGGAAGAAUAAUGGUCUGUGGCAGUUUAUGGUUCGGGCCCCUUAGUUCCAGUGAAGGGAAAUCUUAACUCUACAGCAUGCAAUGACAUUCUAG